AUCAGUAAUGUCUUGUCUACCGUAAUGAUUCUGAGACUGAACGCCUGUAAAAAACAAGAUCCAGUCGCUACUGUCGAGCAUGACACCACCAAGAGAAUAACGUCACCAGAGGAGGCAGCUCUGGCAAGCCAGUGGAUUUUCACAGGAGGAGAAUCUUUUACCCACGCUCUCAUUCCUGCACAAUCUCACAUGGAGUUACCAGAGAGAAAUAAAGGUCUUGCCAAGGCUAUAAAACCAAAGUGCUUUGGAGACUGCGGCUGCCUCUCUCCAGCUGAACUCAGAUGAAAUUUCUGAACUGGAGAAGAGUGCUGUGAACUUGGAGCUGCAGAGGCCUUCCCUCCAGGCAAGAUUUUGGGCAUAAGAUUUUGGAGGAGUCAGUGUUUUAUUACUACAGCCGCUGACACUUGAGGGCAAUAAGCUGUCUAAUCUGACAGUAAUUUUGAACCUAAAGUUUGGGACAGGAGGAACUGAGAGGGAACAAAAGAAUGCAAAGUUAAGCAAACAAGUGAUGCACACAGAGAGUGAGUAGCAUUCUCAGCUCCGGGGAAAGAGGAGUCAUCCUGCUGAAGUUAUAUAUAGCACGGAAAAUAAGAAUAAGAGAAAGGGCAGGGAAGGGUGCAAAGCUAGCUUUGUGUCACCAGCAUGACCCCCACCACUCUCAGGCAGCUGGAAUUGGUCUGUAUCUGUUUCUGUCAUCAGUCUGGAGGAGACAUACAGAACUCCCUACGCUAAAUUGGCACUUUCCUUCCUCUGUGCCACACCAAACAAUGGCAGCAGAGAGAGGAAAUUUCGUAAGAUGCAGAGGAAGCUCCGUGCUUGCCAAUACUGGGAACGUUUCUCACCAUCGCACAUAUUAAGCAUCCAGCCUAUAAUCAUCAGUGAGCACUAAUAAAGAAUUUCCAGCAGUUAAAUGUUUGUCACACCACUGAUGGGAAACAACUUUUGGAGUUUGAUGCUUCUUUUUUGCAGUCCCUUUCUCUCAUUUCAAAGACAUCUCCUGUUCGCUUCCGAACUAAAAAAAAAAAAAAAAAACAAAAAAAAAAAAAACAAAUGGCUGAAACUCCUCUACUGAAUGUUCCCUGCAAAAACAAGAGCAACUCAACUAUUUGCCUGGACUUGACUGACCGGUGGGAAAUUGUGUACUAUAUAGUACCCAAGUGUAUCGACCCCCUCUGCGUUACUGGAAUGCCUGGGGAUGUGUUUGUUCUCUUCACUUAUUCACUGCACAAGGACCCCCUGAAGAUAUCCGAAAUCCACCUUUUGAACCUAGCUGCUGCUGAUCUGACCCUCCUCAUGCGCCUCCCUUUCUGGGCAGAGAGCAUCAGGAAUGGAUUUAACUGGCCGUUGCCGCCUACGCCAGUCACCUCCCUCAACUUCUCUACCCUCCAGUCCCUACAAAAAAAAAAAAAACCAAGAGACCGAAGAGAGCUCAGAACCAGCUGCUGCAAGGAGCACAGAGGCACAAAGGCCACCGGGCUGAUCUCUGCCGUGGUACUGACGUUUCGCUUGUGCUGGGCUCCUUACCGCUUUUUUGUAUUCCUUGAUAUAUUAUACCGGACAGAAGUGAUCAAAGGCUGCUCCUGGGGGGAACGGCUCAACUUUGGGGAGCAGCUUGGUUAUACUCUGCCUACCACCAACAGGUGCAUUAACCCUGUCAUUUAUGUCUUUACUGGGAAAUACUUCAGGUUUCAGAAGGUUUUUUUUUCACAGGUUAUUCACUGUGGAUUUCCUUUGAGCUGGGUAUCAUUCAAAGGAAAGAAUUUGCAUUUCAAUGUGUUCCCAGUCAGGAGUAGUUUAACCUAAUGGUUCUUGGUUCCAUCUUAGUUUUAAUAUUA